AUGAAUGUUUAUGUCCCCUCAGGCCUACAGGUGAAGGAGGAGGCUGUUGCAGGGAAACAGAAUCAGACUAAACUGACCUGCAGCACCUUCUGCGACUUGAACUCUCACCUUCAGUAUGUCUGGUACAAGAAUGGACAGACUCUACAAGACAACACCAAAGCCUCCAUACUACUGGACUCAACCAGACCCUUUGAAGUUAACAGUUACCACUGUGCUGUCAUAAGUGGAGGCUAUGAGGCUCAGCGUUCUCCUGCAGCAUGUGUUCCAGAUAAACAGUGUUUGGCUGUGAACUGCUCUUCCAAUUACAUCUGUGCAUUGUUGGGAUCAACAGUGAACAUCUCCUGUGCUUCCAAACCUCCCAGGGAACACAACAUCAAAACAGCCUUCUGGUUUAGCAACAACAAAUCUAGCACAUCCCCAGGAGAUCUGAUGCUGGACGAAGAGUAUGAGAAUCCUGUGGAGUAUCUUCAGGACAGAGGACAUUUCACCCUCAGACUGAAGGACAUUACAAAGAGUCACGCUGGAGAAUAUGGCGUCAGGAUGACCACAGAACAGGAACGCAUUUUUUGGGGGUUUCCAAGAGUCAACCUGUCUGUUACUGCUCUGCAGGUCAUGACUUCUGCUGCAGUGACAGAGGGAGAGAGAGUGACACUGACCUGCAGCACCACCUGCACUCUGAGUGACCACCCCACCUUCACCUGGUUCAAGAACUCUCUCAUCCACAAGCACACCUCUGACAAGAACCUUCACUUUGACCCAGUCCAAGAGCAUGACUCAGGCAAUUACUCCUGUGCUGUUAGAGGACAUGAGAGUGUCACCUCGACUGAUGUCUUCCUCUACGUCAAAUACGCACCAAAGAGAAUCUCUGUGUCUGUCAGUACUGUCGGUGACAUGGUGGAGGGCCAUUCAGUGACUUUGACCUGUAGCAGUGAUGCCAACCCACCAAUACACAACUUCACCUGGUACCAGACCGUAGGAAAUGACACAGUUGUCCGAGGUGCAGGGGAGAUGGUUACCUUCACUCUGUCUUCUGGUGACAGUGGGCUCUACCAUUGUGAGGCGCAAAACGAAGUCGGAUCUCAAAACUCAACUGGAGUUGAAAUUACUGUGGCUGGUAACACAUUUCUGACUGCAGUGGUGUGUAGUGCAACAGCUGCAGUAUUGGCUGUUGGAACAUUUAUAGCAGUCAUGGCUCUUGUCAGGUAUCAAUGCACUUAG